CUUCUUCACGCUUUCCUGUAAUACAUGCAUGCGCAAUAGAACAUGUAACUUUCGGUUAACCGAUAGAGUAUUGACUUGAGAAGAUUUGAGGCCCGAAAUGGUGUUUCCAGGGAGGACGCGUGGUCGCGGAGUUGGUGCUAAAGGCGGAGGUAUCCAUGCAACAACAAGAAAAUCGUCAUCGGGUAUCGACAGAUCUCGUUACCGAGAACACGAGCGCUCUCUCUCGCCGCCGCACUCCAGGCCCGCUACUGUAGAAGACCGCCUUGGUGCUAAGUAUCCUAAUGAGAGUUCAUCACCUCCAACAGAAUCUUUAAGGAUCACGGUUGGAAAUGACAUCUUCAAAAAAGGAAGUAGCCCUCUGUCUGACAGACUGGGCCCACCCGUACAGCAGUACCAGAAUUCUGACAAUAUAUUUGAACGAGAAAGGAUGUUCUAUGGAGGGGCAGAGGACAUUGUGAAAAGAGAUGAUAAGUGGAGGAGAGAUUCCCAGGGAAAGAGGUAUGAUACCGAUUCUCAUGGAAGGGAUGAUGACAGGGGACGGGACAGGCGAAGAGAAAGUGGCAGAGAUUCGCGAAGCCGACGGGGAAGUAGUAAAGAACGUCCUGACUCUCGUCAUGAUCGGAGGGACUCUAGGAGAGAUGGUCGUGAUUAUCGCGACAGACGGGAGGGGAGUAGGGAGGGACAUCGCAGUGACAGUCACAGAAGAGAGGAGUCCCGGGACAGAGACUACCAUGAUCAUUACAGAAGUGAUGUAGAUAAAAAAUAUGAUGAACGAUUCAGUAGUGAGAAGUUGGAUCCACAAUAUGGAGAUAGAAUAAGACAUGAAAGUGACAAAUAUAAUGAGAUUUAUAGGGAGAGGGGUCUUGAGGGACAGAAUUCUAUGGGGAAUUACUAUCGGAGGGGAGGUCUGGAGUCUCUGACACAGCAAGUGAUGCGAAGUCCGCCAAAGUCGGAGCCCACACUACCCACUGCCAAACCUCUUAAAUCAAUUCUUAAGAAGAAAACGGAUAAUGUGGUACCUCCAGCAGAAAUGAGCGGGGAUCCUUACAGGUCACAGGUAGAGAACAGACUGGGGCCACCACUGGGACUAAACUACAAUUCAGCGGGAACGGGUCACUCCAUGGACAUCGAGGAUGAAGAGAGAUUUCUGUAUGGAGAACCAGAAAAGAAAGAACCUCCUCCUUCACAGCCGCCACCCUGGUCCCAGUCAUUUACAGGGGAUCAUUUUCAACCUCAGGGUGGUAAUACACAGCAAGGGAACACUUUUCCAAUCCUUGGUCAGCCGGGUAUAUAUUCCUCGCCACCCAGAAUUCCCGACAAACCUUGUGAGGAACAAGAAAGGCAGUAUGACUCCUCCGAUCUCCUCAGCAUUUUUAUGAAAAGACCACAGCCGAGAGUUUCGGAGGACACUCAACCCCCAAGUUCACAGAAACCAGCUUCCUUUGCAGAGACUUUGAAUCAAGAGGUGAAACAACAGAAAUAUGACCCAACUAUAGAAAACAUUUUAAAAUCAAUUGGUUUUGAUUUUGAAAUGUCCAAACGAAUGCAAGAAAAAGCAGGAAGUGAACCUUUAAAAGAAGAUGUUCCUCAGCAAUAUGGAAUAAACCAGAUGGCCUCGUUCUUAGGUGGAGGCUUGUCGACUGCGGAGCUAAGCUCAAAUCUGUUCCCCAAGAAGAAGCCACCUUUUGAGACAUUGUUAUCACAUGAGGCUAGAGACAGGGAAGGGGACAGGGGUUCAUUUGAAGGCAGACAUAAGGAAGGGGACAGGGGUUCAUUUGAAGGCAGACAUAAGGAAGGGGACAGGGGUUCAUUUGAAGGCAGACACAAGGAAGGGGACAAGGGUUCAUUUGAAGGCAGACACAAGGAGAGCUUUUUAGAUCAGAUUCUCAGUAAAGAUGUAUUCAGCAAGAGAGAUUCAUACCUCCCUCCUUUAUCCUCUGUAACCUCACAAGAGUAUGUACAACCACCUGCAGCUAGCUAUACUUCAACUUAUGCUCCAUACUCUCAAGAAUAUGCUCCUCCUGUUUAUACUAAAUCUUACCUACCAGCACAGUCCACAGUAAACGCUUAUUCUACCCCUCCUGUUGUUGACUCGUACAAUUUUCCUCAGUAUACUCCACCAGAGGGUGCUCCCAGCAUCAGGCAGAUGUCUCCAGGGUUACGAAAAGCUCCUGAAAUAUCAGCAAGAGGAAAUCUGACUACCAUAUCCCUAGCAGAAAGUGUUCCUGAACUGCAAAAGUCUGAGACAUCCAAGAAAAAUACAAGGCCAAAUUUAAGAGAAAUUCCAAAGUCAUUUGAACUGGUGGAAAGAAUGACAGAAACUCCAUUGAAAAAUACUGUGCCUCCUACUUUGUCAAGUAGAACAGUUUUACCGCCUAAAGGUGAAAGUGUUAAAUCACAAAGACCAGGAAUCAAACGCCCUGUGGAGAAAGAACCAGUACAAUCUAUGAUGAAUUCUAAAAAGCAAGCAGAAAAACUGCUGCGUGAUAAGGAAGAAAGACAAAAACGCAUCCAUGCUCUCGAAGAGGAACUGACAAAGCUCAGAAAGCAGCAGAAUGAAAUCAUGCGCAAAAAACGCCGUCAAAAGGAUGGCCACAAGGAUCCCAUCCUCUUGCAGAAUAGUCAGCUGCAGGAGGAAAUCUCCCUCCAGAUCUCCAAGCUUCGGAAACUCAGCGAGGGAAAAAGUGUAGAAGACAUUCAACCGCAGCAGAAGAAAAUCAAGGUGGAAAAAGAGGAAGUGAGAAUGACUGAGAAUAUGGAAAUAGCAGAAGUAGGUGAAGUUAAAGCAAGCACUAGAGAUCAAACAGUCAAAGAGGAAGUUCCUGCUUCAGCAGCCCUCAAAGAGGAAGUUAAGCUGGAGGCUGUGGUGAAGCAGGAAGAGAAACCUAAACAGUUGUCUUUUCAAGUAAAGGGAGGACAGAAAACCAGAUAUGAAUUCUUUGAUCCGGGAAAACACUGGUGCAAGCUCUGUAACACUGUAUAUGACACGGCCAUCCAGUUCUUAGAACAUACCCACCAGCGCCACAACAAGAAGUGGAAAAACACAGACACAUUUGAUAGACCUUGGAUUCCUGACCAAAUGAAGAACCCGUCCCAGAAGAAGAAAAUGCAGAAGGUGGAAGUGAUGUCUAUGAAGGGUCCUGAGUUCCUGUUUCCAACCAAUGGUUUCUACUGUGUUUUGUGCCGUGAGUUUUCUGGAGACGUUCAGUGUGCAGAAUUUCACCUAAAAACAGAAGUCCACCACACUAACUAUCAGAAAUUCUUGGUAGACAGUCCAUUCUAUGAGCAGCGCAGACAAUUAGACCGUGCCAAGGGACUCGCCGAGAAACAAGAAAAGACACUAAAGGAAAAAGAAUCCAAGCCAUUAUUUGGAAGAAGUGCAUCCAAAGAAAAAAAUGAGGACAAACAAGUGCAGAAAGUGCCCUCCUUUAACCUCAGGCAAUCAGAGAAAGAAGUGGAGGAGUUAUCGGAUGUAGAUAGCAGUGCACAAUCAAGUGCAGCAAUAAUGGCCAAAGUCAAACUAUCACUCAAAAAACCAAUCCCCAAGCCAGGAAAUGAGUCUGUCCCUCCCAUGUCUGAAAAAGAGGCUUCUCCAAUCCUGCAGAGUCAGACGUCUGUGGAAGAGGCAGAGAAAAAAACAGAGAAUGAUAAAAAGGAAGAUGGAAAGAAAGGAAUAGCAAUCAAAAUCACUAAUAAAAUUGGAAUUGUUGGGAAAGUUCCAGCAAAGAAGAAUGCACUUCUUCCUCCCUGGACCCCCGUCUCCAGACAGGACCCUCUGAAGAACGUUGCUGGAAUAGAAGCAGAGAAAAAUAAAUUGGCAUUGGAGAAGAAACAAGUAACUGCACAGGACAUCUUGAAGGCAUUGCAGGAGAAAAAAGAGCAAGAGAAAAAGGAAGCGGAGGAAAGGAAAGAGCAGGAAAGAAAGGAAGCGGAGGAAAAGAAAGAGCAGGAAAGAAAGGAAGCGGAGGAAAAGAAAGAGCAGGAAAGAAAGCAAGCGGAGGAAAAGAAAGAGCAAGAAAGAAAGGAAGCGGAGGAAAAGGCCAGGCAAGAAGUCACUGAGAUCCCUGUCCCAGAGGAGAAACCCAGCAAGAAAGAGGAGAACCCAGUGACCAACCUGGAGACAGUGCCAGACCUGAGUUCUAUCCCUAUACCAAGUCCUCCAAAAGCAGAGGAGACCUCCUCGAUGGUGAAUGACGAAGGCAACAUGAUGAACAAUAGUGAGGAAAAUACUUCAGAUGCUAACAUUCAGAAAAGUGAACUAGCUUUAGAAGGCAUUGUGAUGCCAAAAUCUGAUUUGGUGACAAAUGGAAAACAUUCUCAAGAAAUUGACAGUGAUCCGUCUUUAGCAACACAAGAAAAAGAUUUCAUUCAAGGACCAUCCAUGUUAAAUGAAAGCAAGGCAGCUGACACAGAAUUGAACACAUCAGUUCCACUUCAAAACAUGGAGGAAGACAUGGAAUUAGAAGAAGAGGAAGUUGUUGCUAUAGUUCCCGAAAUACCACAAAAAGACGAUAAACAGGAAUGUGAUACAUUUAGUACUGAAAAAAUUAGCACGUCACCUCCACCCUCAAAUUACAGAGAUACAGAGGUCAACCAGGCCAUUAUUGUAUCAGAAUGUAAAGAGAAAGAGGACUCUAACCACAAACCACAGCCUGGUGGUUUGGAGGAUUCACCACCACCCUCAAAUAACAAAGAUACAGAGGUCACCCAGGCCAUUAUUGUAUCAGAAAGUAGGGAGAAAGAGGACUCUAACUAUGAACCACAGCCUGGUGAUUUGGAGGAUUCACCACCACCCUCAAAUAGCAAAGAUACAGAGGUCACCCAGGCCAUUAUUGUAUCAGAAAGUAGGGAGAAAGAGGACUCUAACUAUGAACCACAGCCUGGUGAUUUGGAGAAUUCACCACCACCCUCAAAUAGCAAAGAUACAGAGGUCACCCAGGCCAUUAUUGUAUCAGAAAGUAGGGAGAAAGAGGACUCUAACUAUGAACCACAGCCUGGUGAUUUGGAGGAUUCACCACCACCCUCAAAUAACAAAGAUACAGAGGUCAUUAUUGUAUCGGAAAGUAAGGACAAAGAGGGCUCUAACCAUGAACCACAGCCUGGUGAUUCAGAGGAUGUCGCCAUUGAUAUAGAUGAUGAUAAAACCAUAACAGAUGAAGACAACACACUCGACAACAGCGAUGUUUUGGAGUUUGGUGAAGAUGAUAUGAAAGACAGGGAGGGUGAUGACAUGAGUUUGGUCCAGCGGAAUCAAUGUCGGCCAAUUGAAGAUGUGAUUGAAGUCAGCAUGGGCAGCCUUGGUGAUGUGGUGGAAGUGGCAGUGGGUGGAGAGAAUGUCAAUCUGGAGGGGGAUCUGGAGUGUAACGUGGACCAGCUGUAUGGAGUAAUAGGGGGAGAGUCGGAGAACCUGGAGGAUGUUUUGUCUGUGGGGCAGGGCCAGAGAGGAGCAGGUUGCUUUUCAGAAUUGGGGGUCAAACCAAUGGAUGUAGAGGAUGUGACCACCGCGGGUGGAAUGAAUGAGGACGACGUCGGGAAUAUUGUUGAUGAACUGAUGCAUAGCAACAGCAUGGAGAGUGGUAUGACAUCAUGGCUGUCCGGCUUUGAUCCUGAGAGCGAAAAGAGUGGAAUCAGUGGCAUGAUGGGUAGCGACUUCGAAGUGGUUGAUGAAUGUGAGGAGACGUGAUUGGGAUCAGUGUCACUGAUAAAUCGUGUGUGUGAAAUAAUGGGACUACUUACUAGACUGUUCAGUAGACAGGGCCUUCGUAUUGGUGCCUGGUAAUUGUGACCUGUAUAAAAUUGCAACUUUUCAACUCAAGAGUUUGUCGCCAUUACAAUUGUUUUCAUUAAUCAUUUGCAUGUUACACCAGAAAUCCAUGUUACUGAAUCAUUUGUUUAUCUUUGUUUUAUAUUAAAAUCAGAUUGGUCUGAUUUUUA